UCAGAGCCAAUGGUAAAUUUCCCUCUAGGUUUUCAUUUGACCAAAUUCCAUGGAAGCAACAACAUCAAAAACCCUCACCAUUUUCUGCUUAGUCGUCACCUCCAUUGCUGCAGUUUCCUUGGGAUCAGUAGAGGAAACCCAAAGUCUUGGGGGAUGCCUCAUGUCUUUCAUAAGUGUAGAAGGUUGCGUUGAGGCAAUCAACGAGGCUGUUUCGCACAAGAAGUUCGAUGAACUAGAACCUAAAUGCUGCAAAGCAAUCACUCUGCUCGGCGACAACUGUUGGCCCAUUCUUUUUCCCGAUCAACCUUACGUUCCUGUCUUACUCGAGUACGCUUGUAAGCUUUUAGGGUACGUUCCGAAAGUUGAGAAUGUUGAAGCAGCACCUUAAUAGUUUGCACAGUUGGAAGCUGUUGGGAUUUUAUCUUCUACGUAACUUCAUUGGAUUGAGAGAUAGCACAACUGUAUUCUUUCUUUUGGCUUUUAAAUCUUAAGAAUAAUUAUUCUUUUUAAAUUUCUUAGUUAA